AUGCAAAUUCUCUUAUUUACUGCCUAUUUAAUCCUUUGCUCAAAAGCAAUCGAAGAUACAGAAUGUUACACACUCGAUGAAACCAAAAUGUGUAUCAAAGACAAAGAAGGUGAACAAAAAUGUAAAGGAGUUCUCACAAUCAAAGCAACAGACAUGCAACCACUGUGCGAAGGCGCUUUCAUGGGUAACCAAGUAAUAACAAGUUUUGUGUAUCUGCCAGCACAAAAAGUUGAGAUUGGUGCAAAAGCAUUCAAAGGUGCAACUAAAUUGGCAACAGUCACAAUAGCAAACAAAAUCAAGUCUCUUGGUGAUGAAGCGUUCAGUGGGUGUGUUGCUCUGACAAAAAUUGAUGUUACAGAACUCACAACAAUUCCAGCAAAGUGUUUUGAGGGUUGCACUUCUCUGGCAACAGUCACUGGGUUUGAAGCAAUCACUUCAUUUGGCGAGUCAUCGUUCACAAAAACAGCAAUGCCAACAAUCACUUUUGGUAAGGCGGUGACCGAGUUUGGAAAUAUGGCUUUCAAAGGAGUUACAGUUGUUACAGAUAUUGCAAUUCCAACAGUCACUUCAUUUGGAACACAUGUUUUUGAUGGAAUCACAACUCUGAAACACGCCGAUUUGUCUGAAAUACAAUGA